CACUGAAGUAGCCACACGGUACGCGGUGCUCGCGCUCACUCGAAGAUGGACACGUGGCACGUCGCCGUCGCCGCAAUCCUCGUCCUCAUCCCCUUCCUCCGGCUCAUCCUCUCCCGCCGCGGCGGCCGCGGCGGCGGGAAGCGCGGCCGCCUCCCGCCGGGUCCUCCGGCCGUGCCGUUGCUCGGGAGCACGGUGUGGCUGACCAAUUCGCUGGCCGACGCCGAGCCCCUCCUCCGGCGCCUGAUCGCGCGGCACGGCCCCGUCGUCUCCCUCCGCGUCGCGUCCCGGCUGCUCGUCUUCGUCGCCGACCGCCGCCUCGCGCACGCGGCGCUCGUCGAGAAGGGGGCGUCCCUGGCCGAUCGCCCCGCCAUGGCGUCGACGAGGCUGCUCGGCGAGAGCGACAACCUCAUCUCGCGGGCCAGCUACGGGCCCGUGUGGCGCCUCCUGCGGCGCAACCUCGUCGCCGAGACGCUGCACCCGUCGCGCGUGCGGCUGUUCGCGCCGGCGCGCGCGUGGGUGCGGCGCGUGCUCGUCGAGAAGCUGCGGGACGAGAACGGCGACGCGGCGGCGCCACACGCCGUCGUGGAGACGUUCCAGUACGCCAUGUUCUGCCUCCUGGUGCUCAUGUGCUUCGGCGAGCGGCUCGACGAGGACGCGGUGCGCGCGAUCGCCGUCGCGCAGCGGGACGCGCUCCUCUACCUGUCGAGCAAGAUGCCCGUCUUCGCCUUCUUCCCGGCGGUCACCAAGCACCUCUUCCGCGGGCGCCUCCAGAAGGCGCACGCCCUCCGCCGGCGGCAGACGGAGCUGUUCGUGCCGCUGAUCAACGCGCGGCGGGAGUACAAGAAACGGCAGGGCGGCGCCAACGGCGAGCCGAAGAAGGAGACCACGUUCGAGCACUCGUACGUCGACACCCUCCUCGACAUCAAGCUCCCCGACGACGGCAACCGCCCGCUCACCGACGACGAGAUGGUCAACCUCUGCUCCGAGUUCCUCAACGCCGGCACCGACACGACGUCCACCGCGCUGCAGUGGAUCAUGGCCGAGCUGGUCAAGAACCCAUCCAUCCAGUCAAAGCUCCACGACGAGAUCAUGGCCAAGACCGGCGGCGGCGGCGGCGGCGGCCAGCGCGAGGUCUCCGAGGAGGACAUCCACGACAUGCCGUACCUGAAGGCGGUGGUGCUCGAGGGCCUCCGGAAGCACCCACCGGGGCACAUGGUGCUCCCUCACAGGGCGGCGGAGGACAUGGAGAUCGGCGGGUACCUCAUCCCCAAGGGCACCACGGUGAACUUCAUGGUGGCGGAGAUGGGAAGGGACGAGAAAGAAUGGGAGAAGCCAAUGGAGUUCAUGCCGGAGCGGUUCCUCGCCGGCGGCGACGGCGAGGGGGUCGACGUCACAGGCAGCAGGGAGAUCCGGAUGAUGCCGUUCGGCGUUGGGCGGAGGAUUUGCGCCGGGCUCGGCGUCGCCAUGCUACAUGUCGAGUACUUCGUGGCGAACAUGGUGAGCGAGUUCGAGUGGAAGGAGGUCGCCGGCGACGAGGUGGACUUCGCCGAGAAGAUCGAGUUCACAACCGUCAUGGCGAAGCCGCUGCGCGCUCGUCUCGUGCCCAGAAGGGCCUAGAUCACCAUGUAUGUAUGCGUUAGGGUCACCGUUUCAGUAGCUUAGCUCAAUCCAAAUGCAUGCUUCUUACUACUCUAGUGGAGUUCUUAAUUAAACACUACCUAGUACAAUACAAUAACCUUUGUUCUGAAUGAUCAGUGGCGAUAUAGUGAUAUGGAUAUGAUGCUUCUUAAUUAAUUAGUUUCUCUACUUAGUUCAGUA